UUGUUACGUGUGUAUUGUGUACUUAGGGUAUAAAUAAUCAAUAUUGACUAAAUAUAAAGUGAUUAAAGGUCUAGAACUAUACAGGGUGAUCCAUUAACGGUAUCGAGCGGCUGUAUAUAGGAAACUAGACGUGCUACGAUUAUGGGAAAGAGGCACAAAACAUAAGAGGUACAUAACCAACAUUUAUGGACACUUAAUAUUGAAAUGGCAAUUACAUUAAACUUUUCGAGCAUAUGAGUUAGGUGCUUAGAAAUUAAAAAAAAAAAACAAUACCAUAUUUCACUUAAAGUGAUAGGUAUAUGAUGGAGGAAGUAAACUAUUCUGCAAAAAAUGUCAACGAAAAGAGACAUCCAUUGGAGAGUGCUAACAUAUUAAAAAGAACAUGUUUCUGUUGGUUGUUACCAUUCUUUAUAAAAGGAUAUAAAGAGGAGUUAACCGAAGAUGAUAUGUUUAGUACCCGUAAAGUACAAGAUUCUGGUAUACUUGGUGAUAAAUUACAAGAAGCUUGGGACCAUGAAGUAGCAAAGAAAAAAUAUCCUUCUUUGUGGAUGGCAAUGACUAGGGUUUUUGGAGCUGAACUGCUGCUACACGCGUUCUAUUUUGCGGUUAUAGAAGUCGUAGUAAAAUUAUUACAGCCCGUACUAAUAUCGAAACUCCUCGUCUUCUACGAACCGAACACGGAAAUGACCAAAAAGGAAGCUUGUACUUACGCGGCGCUCUUGAUUUUGAUUUCGCUAUUAAGGGUGGUGCUGGUGCACAAUUAUCUGCUUGAAACCUUGCAAUUGUCCUUGAAGAUAAAGGUAGCCAAUUGCGCCUUGAUUUACAGAAAGGCCCUAAAGCUGAGCAAAUCUUCCCUGGCGGAGACUACGGUUGGACAGAUGGUCAACCUGCUCUCCAAUGAUGUGUCCAGAUUUAACACCGCCACACAACACGUUCAUUUUGUCUGGCUAUUACCGGCAGCGACAGCUCUAAUUAUGUACUUAUUGUAUAUUAAUGUUGGAAUCACGGCCUUGGCAGGGACAUUUUUCAUAUUGCUUUUCGUUCCUUUCCAGAUAUACAUGGGAAAAAAGACGUCAGAAUUCAGAUUGAGGACAGCCUUACGCACAGACGAACGAGUACGUUUGAUGAGUGAAAUUGUAACGGGUAUACAAGUUAUCAAAAUGUACACAUGGGAGAAGCCUUUUGCUAAACUAGUUGAACUUUCAAGAAGAAAGGAGAUGGAACAGAUUUGGUCGAAUGGAAUCAUAAGAGGGAUUACCAUGUCAUUCAAUUUGGUUCUGAACAGAGCAGCUGUUUGUAUAUGCAUACUAACUUAUGUCUUAACUGGAAAUGCAAUCAAUGCUACAUACGCUUACACUGUUUCGUCUUAUUAUGCAACAUUACGAAUGGCUGUAGUAAAGUCUUUUCCACAGGCUGUAACGCAACUAGCCGAAACCAGAGUCUCUGUGUCUAGAAUUAGACAGUUUUUGAUGUAUGAAGAAAUAAACAUUUGUCACGAUUCUAAUACAGCCGAAGAAAAUAAAAUCUUUAAAUCAGAAAAUACUGCCGUAAAUGGUUCACUGAAAACUAAUGAUGGAAAUAAUUUAAAACCAAAUGAAUCCAUAGGGGUACAUUUGAAAAAUGUGUCUGUAAAAUGGAAUAAGUCUCUACCUGACAAUACCAUAGAAGACAUCACUUUUGAUGUUAACCCGAAUCAGUUAGUAGCCAUCAUUGGACCAGUAGGAGGUGGUAAAACCACUCUUCUCCACGCCAUCUUAAAAGAAUUGCCUCCUGUGGAGGGUACAGUCAGAGUGGACGGAUCCUUGUCAUACGCCUCCCAGGAACCAUGGCUUUUCGGUGGAAGUGUCAGACAAAACAUUGUUUUCGGUCAGGCAUUUGACCCGAAAAAAUACGAGGAAGUAGUAAGGGCUUGUGCUUUAGAAAGAGAUUUUACCCUUUUGCCAUAUGGAGAUCAAACUCUCGUCGGAGAUAGGGGUGCCAUGCUGAGUGGAGGACAGAGAGCUCGUAUUAACCUCGCCAGAGCGGUGUACAAGGAAGCAGAUAUAUAUUUGCUGGACGAUCCUUUAUCUGCUGUAGACACGCACGUAGGAAGGCAGUUAUUCGAUGAUUGCAUUUGUGGAUAUUUAAAAGGUAAAUGUGUAGUUCUGGUUACUCACCAACUUCAGUACCUGCAGGAUGUGGAAACUAUUUACCUUAUUGAUGAUGGCAAAGUUUAUGCGUCAGGAUCCUACUCAGAGCUACAAAUCUGUGAUAACGAAUUUGUAGAAAUGUUUUCAAAAGCUCACGAACAAAAGGAAGAAGAAAUACAUAGUCAGUCGACUGAUUCCAAACACGUGAAAACAAAGAAAUUAGUCGCUACAGCUAAAAGAACGCAAAUCCAGGAAAAGGAGUACAAACAGAGCGGUGACAUUUCUUGGGAGGUUUAUAAGAGUUAUUUUAGAGCUGGAGGAAACUGGUUUAUAAUAACGUUACUCAUAUUUGUCCUUAUUACUGCCCAACUUGCAGCGAGCGCAUCUGAUUAUUUUGUCACUGUGUGGGUGAAUUUAGAGCAAUGGAGAUUAACACAAGCUAAUGCAACCUUCAAUAAUAGUUUUGUAGACAAUGCACAAGAAUCCAAUAGGCAAAAUACAGUACAGUCUGUUCUGGAUCUCGUUUUAACAAAGAAUACGUCUGUGAUUAUUUAUACAAGUCUGACUGUAGGAACAAUAGUUGUGACGUUAACAAGAUCAAUUUCGUUCUUCAAAUAUUCUUCUGUUGCUUCAGUCAAAUUGCAUAAUCUUAUGUUUGAUAAAAUCGUCUACGCCCCUAUCAGAUUCUUCAACGUAAAUCCUCCCGGAAGGAUUCUUAAUAGAUUUUCGAAAGACAUAGGGGCUUUGGACGAAUUACUGCCAUUAUCCUUUCUAGAUACUUUAGAGACUGGUCUAAAUGUUGCAGCAAUUACUAUGCUUAUCGGUUUCCUUAAUCCUUGGAUAUUAUUACCCACUAUUGUCAUCUUGGUUAUAUUUUACUAUUUAAGACUGGUGUUUCUGUCAACCAGCAGAGCUGUAAAACGAGUAGAAGCAACAACACGCAGUUCUAUCUACACUCAUUUGACUGCAUCAUUACAAGGUCUAACCACAAUUAGAGCUUUCGGAGCCCAGAAGAUCUUACAGAGAGAGUUUGACCAUUACCAAAAUAUAAACACCUCUCCCUACUACAUAUUUGUGGCAGCAAAUAGAACUCUAGGAUUUUGGUUAGAUUUUCACUGCGUUAUUUAUGUCGCGCUUGUCACUAUUAGUAUUUUGUUUAUUGAAAAAGAAACAUUUGGUGGGAAUGUUGGUUUAGCUCUCACCCAAUCCAUCAGUCUGACUGCGAUGUUCCAGUGGGGUGUCAGACAGUGGAGUGAGCUAGAAAACAACAUGACUUCGGUGGAAAGAGUUCUGGAGUAUGCUGUAAUUACUCCAGAGAAAGAUAAAACAACUAAGACGUUGCCUAGACUUUGGCCAGAAGAAGGUACUUUGAAGUUCAUAAAAAUGUGCUUAAGAUACAGUCCAGAAGAUGACUUCGUUUUGAAAGAUCUCAACUUUGAAAUUAAAUCAAAUGAAAAGAUAGGCAUUGUUGGAAGAACAGGUGCAGGAAAGUCAUCUCUUAUAGCGGCGCUAUUUCGUCUUACAGAUAUUGAAGGAAGCAUAGUAAUUGAUAAAAUAGAUACGAAGGAUAUUCCUCUAAAUGUCUUGAGAUCAAAGAUUUCCAUUAUACCACAGGAGCCUGUGUUGUUUUCAGGAACCCUUAGAAAGAAUUUAGAUCCUUUUGAUGAAUACAAUGAUGAGGUGUUGUGGAAUGCUUUGAGCGAAGUGGAACUGAACCAUGCAGUUUCCAGUCUUCCAGCCGGUUUGGAUAGUAAAAUAUCUGAAGGAGGAUCUAAUUUCAGCAUUGGGCAGAGGCAACUAGUUUGUCUGGCGAGGGCCAUAAUUCGCAACAACAGAAUUUUGGUUUUGGAUGAAGCUACUGCCAAUGUAGAUCCCUACACAGAUGGAUUAAUUCAAACUACAAUCAGAAGGAAAUUCGCCAGUUGCACCGUGUUGACUAUAGCGCACAGAUUACACACAAUUAUGGAUUCAGAUAAAGUUUUGGUUAUGGAUGCCGGACGAGCUGUUGAAUUCGAUCAUCCUUAUAAAUUAUUACAAAAUCCUGAGGGACUGUUUUAUGAACUUGUUUUGCAAACUGGUGCCGAUAUGGCAGAAGAUUUAAUGGCCGUAGCAGAAGAAAACUAUAGAAAAUUAUAAUGAUAAGAGUUUGUUUGUAUUGUUGCAUUUUAGAAACAUAUGUACAAAAAUAUAAUUUUUAUUUAAAUGAU